CCAUAAACUUUAUUACAGUCACUGAUUCGUGUUCUCUGCUUGUUAAACAUUUGCCUAAUGCUCUCAGCUGUAACAAAUUGACGAAACAUUCCAAUUUAAAUGAUUAUUGUAGUUUAAGUCUUUAUUUCAAUGGUUUAUGUUUAUAUUUAAGGUUUGCUUUGGUUUCCAUUGGUUACUAAUAUUGUUGAUGACGUCAGAGAUCAACGCAAAUUUGUUUAUCAGCGCGAGCAAGUGCCGGAGUUACUAGUUUGUAUUCACGAUUACUUUUACAUUUGCGCUUUGCAAAAAAGUACCAUAAAUACUUUUUUUAGUAUUUUAGUAUUAAAGUAAGUAGGUGACUUUAGUAUAGUUUCACAUCAUGGGACAAGUUAACUGUGGAUGUUUGGGCCACGAGACGUCAGAUCCGGAAUGCAACCAAACACUGGAGCAAUGUUGGGAGCAAGAUCAGAGAGGAGCACAGCGUCAAGAUGACUCCACACCGACAAGUUCCAGACAUGACAAGAAAAUGAGGAAGAUCAAGAAAAGAUACUCCAUAACAGAGCAAGAAGGAGUGAUCUCAGAGAAUCUGGAGGUGAGCACAUCUGAAACAAAGACUGAAAGUAUUCGAGAGAGAAAGAAAGCCAGGGAAGGUAGGAGAGAGAUGUGGAAGAGAGAGAGAAAGACAGAUGAUGCUGAAGGUAUAAGGAGAGAGUCAACACUGAAACCGCUGGUGAAAAACUCUGCUUCAGUACCUGUGAGGUCAAAGAAAGCCAAGAAAAGAGCCAAACAUUCAGAGCAACAUGUGAACGUAUCGGAACAAAAGAGAGAGAUGAAGAAGAUGCAGACUGACAACAAAACAAGUCCUGCAGUUCACAGAAAGUCUAGGAAGGACUCCAGAGAUGCUUCUCCAUUGAACAUCGAUACCUUGACACUUUCACUAUCUCCUCCACUGAUACAGGUCGCUCCAUGCCCACCAGCUGAGAGAAUAAAAUCCCGUCAACCAUCAAGGCUGGAACCGCUGGUUAUACAUGUUGAUCCUCAACCCUCUACUGCAACACCUGAGAGAUCAAAGGUGAGACGUUCAAGGAGGAACCAGAGGAAGGAAGCUGAAAACAUGUAUCAUGAAGUGCCUAAACCGCUGGCGAUACUUGUGGAUCCUCAACCCGCAGCUGCAUCACCUGAGAGAUCAGAGGAGAGACUUUCAGUCAAUAAACUGAAGAAGGGUGAAAAGAAAACGGAUCAUGAAGUGCCUGAACCGCUGGUGAGACGUGUUUAUCCUAAACCAUCAACUUCAUCACCUGAGCGAUCAAAGAUGAGACGUUCAAGGAGGAAAGUGAUGAAGGAAGCUGAAAACAUGGAUCCUGAAGGGUUUCGUCGAUCUGCCUCACCCGACCCGAAUCCUGAACAGACGGAGGUGACAAAAUAUGAAGCUGGUCCACCAACACCAGCUCCAACAGCUGAGAGGGUAAAUUCCCAUCAUUCAUCAGUGCCUGAACAGCUGGUCACCACACAGUCUGAUCUCUUUACACAACUUGUCUUCAUGGACAUUGAAGAUGAAGAUGAGGUGCAAAUCAUCUCUCCAUUUGUGCUGAAGGACACCAGAAAGAGAAGACCUAAGCCCAUGAGGAAAAAACAAAUGAUGUUUAGUUGGAUGGAGGAGAACAAAGAGAUGCUGGAGAGUGAAAGAUCAGCGAAGAAAGUGAACAAUGCUAAAGACACGGACCAUGCAGGAUCAUCUCCUUACAUCCCAUAUGAACAUACCGAGGCGAUAUCACUGUCAGCACCUUCAUCACAGUCUGAUCUCAUCCUCAUGGACGUGAAUGAUAACACCGAGUCUGAUGAGCCUGAGGUGAAGUUCAUCUCUCCAUUUGAGCUGAAGGACACCAGACACAGAAGUCCCAAGCCCAUGAUAAAAGAUCAACCGAUGUUUUGUUGGAUGGAGAACACGGAGAUGCUGGAUAGUGAAAGUGAAAUGGAUGAAGUUCAGCCAGAAGAUCCAGAGCGGCAGGAGACACCUGUGAAAAAAUCCCAUCCAGAGAGCAACACUAACAAACAACAAACCCUUCAGAAGGAGAAAGACACUCAUGAAAACACCAUCAUGACAGAUCCUUAUGGUCCCGCUGGAGAUACCCAAGAUCACCUGAAAGGUCCAGAGAAGACCAAAGCUCCCAGCAAAACAAAAGGAUUGUUUGUUCUUCAUCACUGGCUUGAGAAAAAGACCAAAGAACGACAGGAGGAGAAAAUGAGAAAAGAAAGGGAAACAACAGAAACACAGCUACUGCGGGAGAGAUACCUCAACAGUCCAGCAUUGAAGCAUUUGUGUGUUAAUAAGAACAACUCUUACUAUAUCCCGAAUCUCCUUCUAUAACUCACACUACUGUAACAGUAGUGACUCCUCAUCUGCUCCUCAUGAACCCCAAACCUCCUAUACAUAGCUUUUCUCUUCAUGUGUGGAAAAAAAACAUUUAGUUUUAUGUGCAAAAUAAUUAAGUUUAUGUGUGAUAUAAAUAAGUAUAUGUUUUAAAGUAUAUGUGCAAAGAAAUUAAGAAUAUGUGCAAAAAAAUGAAGUAUAUGUGCAAAAAAUGAAGUAUAUGUGCAAAAGAAAUGAAGUAUAUGUGCAGAAAAAUUAAGUAUAUUUGCAAAAAAUUAAGUAUAUGUGCAAAUAAAAUCAAAUAUG